AUGGAAGUAACCGAGGCAGGAUCAUUCUCUGCUAAGGACUACCAUGACCCACCACCAGCACCAUUGAUUGAUGCAGAAGAGUUAACAAAGUGGUCAUUUUACAGGGCCUUGAUUGCUGAGUUUAUAGCAACUUUGCUCUUUCUUUAUGUCACUGUUUUGACUGUUAUUGGGUACAAAAGCCAGAUUGAAGGAAAUCCUGAUGGUUGUGCUGGGGUUGGUAUUCUUGGUAUUGCUUGGGCCUUUGGUGGCAUGAUAUUUGUUCUUGUUUACUGCACUGCUGGUAUUUCAGGGGGUCACAUUAACCCAGCAGUGACAUUCGGGCUUUUCCUAGCUAGGAAGGUCUCUUUGAUCCGGGCUGUGAUGUACAUGGUGGCUCAAUGCUUAGGAGCCAUUUGUGGUGUUGGGCUGGUUAAGGCCUUCCAAAAGUCUUACUACACGCGCUAUGGAGGUGGAGCCAACACUUUGAUGGAAGGGUACAGCACAGGAACUGGAUUGGGUGCUGAGAUAAUUGGAACUUUUGUCUUGGUCUACACCGUGUUCUCUGCCACUGAUCCCAAGAGGAGUGCUAGGGACUCCCAUGUGCCUGUUUUGGCUCCACUUCCAAUUGGAUUUGCUGUCUUCAUGGUUCACUUGGCCACCAUCCCCGUCACUGGUACUGGCAUCAACCCUGCUAGGAGUUUUGGAGCUGCUGUUAUCUACAACCAAGACAAGGCCUGGGAUGACCAGUGGAUCUUUUGGGUCGGACCCUUCAUUGGUGCUGCCAUUGCAGCCUUCUAUCACCAAUUCAUCUUGAGAGCAGGAGCUGUUAAGGCUCUUGGAUCAUUCAGGAGCAACCCAAAUGUUUAA